CUUUGAGUACAAGCCAUCAAAGAGUAUUUCAUGCAUGAAAUGAGCAUUUUGUUUUCGCGAUAAAAGGGGGAUAUUUUCCUAUUGGCAACCAGAUUUACAAUUUCAACCAGAGCGGAAGUACACAUCAGUAAACAGCCUGAGUGGUAACUGCUGGCUUCAAACCUUAUUACGACAUAGUCAUCGAUUGGCAGAAUUUUACAGUUAAAUUUGAAAGGUAUCACGACUAACAUGGCAGAAAACAAAAACAAUGAGGCGGAUCUGAAUCCAGUUGCACGAGUAAUACUACGAGGUCUUUAUGACCCAGGCAGUCCCUGGCACGUCUUUUUGGGAAUGCAUUAUAUCUUGAAGGCAAUAUGGCAGGACGUACUGACCUUUUACAAAUCAAAAAUCGCUAUUCCACGUCAUUUUAGCUUCACCAAAGUGAAAUGGGGCCACUCUUACACAAGCUUAGAUUCCCCCUCAGAUUGGCUCGUACGAUUUCCAGAACCAACUGACAUCAACGUCAACAUGAUGCCUUUUGUCAUGGAAAAACGAUUCAGGGAUACCAGGCUUCCUGAUUACUUGCGGCAGUAUUUCGAGCAGAUCGUAAGUCAAUGUAUCGUGGAGAGUGAGCGUGGUAAAAUAGGAUACCUCACGAUCCACGAGAGCUUCGUGGAGAAGGGAACGUCGCAAAGAAGGCCGGGAAUACACACGGAGUCCCCCGGCGUUUUGAUGCUCAAAGGUGGCAAAGGGAACUCAAAUAGCGAUCGAAGACUCUUCAGAUGGGGAGGGGGUUUAGGGGAAAAGGAGACAGUCACGAUAACGUUGCACGGUGGUAUUUACAUGGCUUCAAAUGUUGCAAAUUCGUGUAAAGUUUGGAAUUGCGAGAUACUGAAGCCUGAAGGUCGUAAUUCUCCAGAUGUUGUUGGUGAACAUGGUGACAUCGAGCACCUUCGUUCACUUCUUCCUUCGAAAUGCGAGACGAUGGAUGCGAACACAGUAUAUUGGAUGACAGAUCGUACGCCUCACGAAUCACUGCCGCUUAGCGAAGGGACCUAUAGACAAUACUUUCGACUUGUCACGAGUCAGGUCUCAGGUUGGUUCGAAGAUCACUCCACGAAAAAUCCACUGGGAGUUGUCCCUGAUCCGAAAAUCACCAAAAUCAUCAAAGGUUCAAAGUUCGAUCUUGAUUCCUGCUACAUUGUUGACACCGCCGCAGAAUAGUAGAAAUUAUGAGAAACAGAAGCUUUUCUCGAAACGUUCAAAAUUUAGUAUAAUCAAUUUUCAAUUGUGUAUAAUUUACGACUUAAAUUAACCUAUUAAAUAGCUUUAAUCACUCAAUGUAGACUUUGAAGACCAAAAUAUAAAAAUA